UUCCCCUUUAAAAAUCUCUUCACAAAUCUUCCAGUCCUUCUCCACAAAAUGGCUAUCUCACCAACCCCUAUAUCCACGCAGCCUAUGAUCAUGGUGCAUAGAGGUUGGCACGAGCACCUGGAACCUCACAGGCUCUCCGAGAACGUUUUCCGUCUGGACAGUGGCUCCGGCACCACAAGUGAAGGCACCAUGGGGUCGGAGAAGAAGAACUCACCUCGGAAGUCUAAGCUUGCUAUCCAAGAAUUUGCGUUCGUUAAUGCAACGACACCGUUCAGGAAUAGAGAUCCUGAGGUUCGGAGGCUGGUUCGAGGUCACGUGGUCAAGGACACGACAAGGAAGAAGAAGUUGCGGAGGGAAAAGGAGAGGCCAAAAAUCUCGAUAUCAGUAAGGCCUGAAUCGGAAGAUGGAUUUCAGGAAGGCUGUUCGAGUUUGAAGACUAGACAGCCGUCUGUUGUCCCUGAAGAAAUGACUCUUGCAAACCUGCCGAAAGAAUAUAACUCCAAACUCCCGUAUAAGGAAAUGGAUCCGCAUCCUGAGCUAUCACCAAUUAUACACCAUAUUACGGAAAUGGGGUAUGCCAUGUGUCCGCACCUCGUUUCUUUCAGAAUCAACCCUAUCGGUCCAACGGCGUGGUUCGACCAUGCGCUGAGGGAUGAAGCGCUGUUUCAUGCGUUGUUGUAUACGACCACGAGUUAUGCAGGGCUGAUUGGAGGGAGCACGGAGACGAAGGAGUCGAUUGUGCAUUUUGGGAGGAGUGUGAGUUUGGUGAAGGAGAGGCUGAAGAGUAUGUGUGAUGUGAGGAAUGGGAAUGUCGUUACAGCCUUGGUGGAGGGAACUGCGAGGGCUGUGAGUUGUCUGGCUUUUACUGAAGUCAUUCGAGGAAAUAUUGAGGGAUGGAAAACACAUAUGACCGGCUUGAAACAAAUGGUUGAUGUGAGAGGAGGCAUAACCAACUUUAGCAUUGGUCUUCAGCUCAAGCUUCACCGUGCCGAUCUUUGGGGGGCUACAGAAUACCUCUGUCAUCCAUACUUCUCUGGAUCCGGUGGACUUCCAUACCUGCCAUCACAAGAUGUGAACAAACUUUCGGCUCAAACACCCCUUCUCAAUUUACUAGACACGCUUCCACUCUCGCCUGACCUCUUAAAUUCUCUGGCAUAUAUGCAUGCCCUCUCCGAACGGAUAUCCGAUGUGUCUUCCGGGUCCACGUUGUACACAGAGGCCGAACAGAUAUCUCUAAUGAAAGACACCUUCUCACUUUGCUAUUCGCUCGUCCUCUCUCCUAGUUCCCCGCCCCUGAACUCAGGAAACGCAUCUCUAGACGACGUGCUAAGAAUAGGCGCUAUUCUGUAUCUCCAGACAACACCGCAAGAAUUCCCUCAUGCUGCAGUUGGUCUAAGCAAUUUAGUGAAGAAGCUGAGGGGAUUGGUGUUCAACGUCCACAUGUGGAAUGUGAGGGAAGCGGAGCUCGUUCUGUGGUUGCUGUUUAUGGGUGCGAUGUGCGCGAGGAAAGGGCCACAUAGAAUAUGGUACAUUGAUCAGAUUGAGAGAUUGACCGGGAGGUUGAGGUUUAGAGGGUGGGAUGUGGUGAAGGAGAAAUUGGAGAGGUUCUGGUGGGUGAGUGGACUUCAUGAGAAGGCUGCUAAAGAAGUUUGGGAGGAGGUGGAGGUACUGCGGAGCGUGAUGAAUGGAGAGUGAUGUUCGAUGAUAGAUGUAACGUGCAUAGAAGACUCUCGUAGUGUCAGUCCGCGGAAAGUAAGCUCCAGCGUCUAAAAGAGCGACGGAAACUCUCCAGAAUUAC